UUCAUUCUCCUCUCUUCAACCACAAUACAGAGAAAAGCUUCAAGAUCAGAAAUGGCCUUCCACCUAAGAUCGAUAAGUUUGCCAUCAAAGCCUCAGGCCAACGAGACCGAAGUCGAGCAAGAGUUGCUAAGCCUAGAGGCGAGCAUAUCUUCUUCCACCACCACCAUCGGCACCAUAUGUGACGGUCUGAGGAGGCUCGAAGACAUCUACAAUGGUGUUGAAGAUAUUAUUGGCCUGCCAAGCAACCAGGUUGGCAAGAUGUUGGAUUCAGAGAUGGAAGGCUCUCUCGAGCUGCUAGAUCUCUGCAGCACCAUGCAAGAGAUCUUCGUCGAGAUGAAGGCCAUCAUCCAAGAGCUACAAGUGGCCCUAAGAAAAGGAGAUGAUGCAACUGCUCAAGCCAAGAUCCAGUCUUAUGCUCGUUUGGUGAAGACAGCCAAGAAACAUUUCAAGAAGAGCGCGAAGAAGGCUAAUGCCGCGUCUGCGGGUUGCAAGAUGGCCAUGCUAUUGACCAAGGCUAGAGAGAUUUCUGUGUCUCUUCUGGAGUCCACAGUCCAUCUCUUGUCAAAGGAAAUCGGAAUGCCAAAACAGUCUCUUGUCUCAAAGGCAUUUCACAAGAAAAAGGCAGUCGUCUGCCAGGAGGAGCAAUUGCAGGAGUUAGAGGGUAGUAUUGGAGAUCUCGAGAAUGGGGCGGGGCAUCUGUUCAGGAAAUUAGUCCAGAUCAGAGUUUCUCUCCUGAACAUUCUUAGCUCAUAGAUACUCCAAGUCAUUCUACACCCUGUGAUUGGCAUCCGCCUUUUUGAGGAUUAGCCGGUCUUCAUACCAUUUUGCCAUAUGUAUACAGUACAAAUGUACAGAAACUUAUAGAAAGAAAAAGUGAAAUUUUGAUCUAUUUCAUGUCGUGUGACUUCUACAUACUUCCUUUCGAUGUCAUUGGAUAGUGGAUCAUGUUCCUUGUGUGCCAGGUCAAAGAAACGGUGCCUAAGGUUGUUAUUAGCAGAAAAAUAAAUCUAAUUACUAAGAUUACCCACCACCACCACAUGGAUGUACAGUUUGGCACUGCAAUUAAAGUAUUUAUAGUUUUAGGGUGGAUAUGUGCAACGACUUCCGAACUUUUGAACUGAAACUUAAAGAUGCUCAAGCUCCAA